GCACAGGAUCUUAGAGCUGGGAACAUGUGAGAGGGGAAUGGGAAACUGGAUAACACUUUACAGAAAGACGCAGAAGGGGAGCUUUUCAGGAUUUUGGCAAGGACUCUGCGCAACGCCUCCUUUCAACGUUGCGGCUAAGGCGCUUUCAGCAGGACACAGGAGAACGAAGGACUAAUAAACCAAAGAUGAACACAAUAGUGUUUAAUAAGUUAAGUAGCCAGGUUUUAUUCGAGGAGAAGGCAAACGAGGUCGAGAGAAGCAGCAGAAAUUAUUUAGAAGUGAUAGAUGGACAGCAUCCGGACAUUCUCGCCAGCAGCCAAGUCAUCAAAGACAGCUCAACUAUCCGGCACAGGAGGUCCGGGUCUCGUCAGAACCAAGGAAAGGUACGGCAUAAACGGCAAGCUCUGCAGGACAUGGCCCGGCCUUUGAAACAGUGGCUCUACAAACACCGGGACAAUCCUUACCCCACAAAAACAGAGAAAAUCCUUCUCGCACUUGGCUCACAAAUGACACUUGUGCAGGUGUCUAACUGGUUUGCAAAUGCUCGACGGCGACUGAAGAACACUGUUAGGCAGCCUGAUUUGAGUUGGGCCCUUAGGAUCAAACUCUACAACAAAUAUGUCCAGGGCAAUGCGGAAAGACUGAGCGUAAGCAGCGAAGAAUCUUGCUCUGAUGAUGGUGACCCAGCAGCACGCGCCCAGGUUGGGGAGUUCAACAAGCCGAUGUACCAGAGCGUCAUCAAGAAGGAAGGUGGCGCUGUGGGGGCGGGUCUUCGAGCAGCAAGAGAUGCCUCAUUGUCUGAUGACUAUGUGUCACCACCCAAAUAUAAGAGCAGCCUCCUGCACCGUUACCUUAACGACUCCCUCCGUCACGUAAUGGUGGCCAAUGGCGUAAUGGACGCACGUAGGAGGAACCACUCAGGCUCUUUCAGCUCUAACGAGUAUGAUGAAGACUUGCUCUCACCAUCGUCUUCAGAGGCAGAAGCCAACUUUAUUUACAGGACGGAGACUGUGGAGCAUGGAUCAAAUAAAUGUGACAGCAGCAGUACGCGGAAGGAGAAGGGACAGGGGAAAGAUGAGACAUACUGGAGGGAGAUCAAUGCAGCCAUGGCCCUCACAAACCUGGCGAAGCCCAAGGACACGGCCAUUGCGGCCACCACCAGCUGCAUCAUUCAGAAGUCUUCACAUAUAGCUGAAAUCAAAACUGUUAAAGUGCCUAUCCUGCACAAAUACUAAUGCACACACCUCUUCCUCCCUUUCCCAACACACAUCAACAGAAGAUUGCUCUCUUCUACAUUUGGGAUGAAAUUACUUUGUGGUACUGAUAAAGAAUGGUUUUUCAUUGUUGUUUAUGUUUUCCUUUGUUUUUAUUGUUAUUAUGAGUACGAUAAAGUGCCCUGAAGUGUAGCACUUGUUUUGUUCAUAGGUUUGUGCAUUUAUUUUGGGUCGCACAAACAAUUUUGAUAAGUGUUGAUGAAUUGUCGGUAAUGACAGUAUAUCUGAACGAGACACUUUUGCAAUGUUAAUUUAUUUUGAUAUUAAUCCGAAAUUUGUAUUGUAUCGCACCAAAGUGCCUUCAUGUAAUCUCAAAAGAGAGUUUGGUGAGAAUGUACUGUUAAGCUCCUCUCUGUAUUAAAUAAAACAGUUUUAAUGAUAGGGAAAGGUUAGUAGUGUAUAUCGCAAGGCUCUCACCCUUGUCUCUGCUUUUGUGUCCUCGAUGUGUACGAUCACAUUCUCAGAGCUUACAGGAGUUGAUGACCUUAACAAGAAAUCAGCGGUUCUAAGUCACAAAGACACGCACACAAAUGUAAGGCCAAUUCUGCAUGUUUUGUCUUAAUAUCCCAUGUGGCUGUGACUACGACAUUGUUUUGUCUCUAAAAUUGAAAACUUCAGCUGUCGCAUGCCAACAAUAGCCAUGAGCGUAGAGAUAAGUUUACUGACCCCUUCAUUACAGUCUAAAUCUAUUUUCUCUCACACAUCUCUCAUACACACUCAUAGCUAUGCACAUUUUUCAGGCAGACAAUAAGAUGGCAAGCAAUCAUAAAGUGAGAGAAUAUGCAACAAAGUUUUUGUUUGAGACAAAGAAGACUGUGACCCAAAAGGGAUAUUUAUGAAUCAUUAUCAGUGCUAAAUAAAACGUGGUACCUUCUCACGUUUCUGCUCAGAACAAGGUACUUCAGUGGAAAACGUAAAUAACUUGGCCAGCCUUGUUUUAGCCACAUUGUCUCUCUCAGCUGGUAAGAAUUACUCUCAAAUUGCUGUUUACAAGAAGUACGAGAGAUACUUCCAUGUUAAAAAACAACCUUAGCAGUAUUACAGCAUCUCUGAUUCAGUGCAGGUUCAAACUUUUUUUUGCAAUCUCUUAUUUGUUUGACCUGUGGUUUUAUCUGUUUUCCGUUUAAGAGUUUUUGGUUUAGCCAAGAUGUGUUACUCAGUCUUGUAUUGACUGAAUGGAAAGAAUCUUCUCAAAUACACUAAAUAAACUACAUUCAAUGCAAAUGUUAAUUACAUCAGAAUUAUGGAUGUCAAGUAAAAGAUUUAGAGAAAUAAAAAGCAAUGUUUGAAGUGAGCGCAGUGUUUAGUAACUGUUGCCUAUGUUGUUUAUCUUAAAAUGUACUACUUGUAUGCCAGAAUGAACACUUUAUUUGUGCCAUUUGGUCUUGGUUUUUGUUUUUUUAGUCUUCACCUGCUUGUGGUGAAAGGCCAAAGAGACUUCUUAAAAAAAAGCACCCCGUUCUUCAUUGAAUGCCUGAAAUAAAAAAAUAAAGUAAAAGCCAUUGAGACAAAUUUAUACUGUACAUGUUCCUGUCUUCCUGGUCUGGAGAGCAGUGUAGUAUAUUUGUAGUCUAUUUACUGACAAAACUGGGAAGAAUGUAUGUUCACAUCUGAUCUGCCAUUGAAAUCUCAUUUUCUUUCCAUUUUUCCUCUGAUCCUUAAAUCAUAUGAGAUUCCGUAUCUCAUUUGGCCUUCGCAGUGAAGAGAGUUUAUCUAAUGCUCUGUUUUUUCUUCACUAUUUCUUUUAUUCCCUUCCACAAUCUUCUCAAAAGGAUGCUGACAGACAAAAAAUGCUAUUUUGUGCACACUUUAGAACAUCUUAAAAUGAUUAAGGACUGUUAAAAACAGAAACUUGUAAUAAUAGUGUUUUUUAUUGUUAAGUUAUAUUCAUUUUUUAUUUUAUUUUUAGAGACUGGAUGUUUAUCCAAUGAAGGAAUGCAUAAUAUCUCAUUUAUUCUCUAAAAUUUUAUUUUAAUGUUCGGUUUUUCGCCAGGAAUCUUGUUUACUUCCACAGAACAUUAAAUAAAAAAUAUUUGACGAUAUGAUUUUGCUUGGU